AUGUCUUGGAACUCAAGUCGUGUUCAUCCCUGCUUCAUGAGGAAAGAAAUGGACGUUGUUCAGACAGAUGUGAAGGAAGUUCAGAAUGAUACGAGGGAAGUCGAGGACGAAGUAAAGCAAAUGAAGCUGACUCAAGAGGAGUUUAUUCGGAAUCUGAUGGACCAAGUUGCCAGACAAAAUGAUGUCGUUGAUGAUCUAUGCCACAGAAUGAAUAACAUGAAAGCAGAAAUGGAAUGGAAUGCAAAAGAAGCAAGCGAACGAUGUGAUUUAUUCACUGGAAGACAGAAAAUUUUCGUUUGUGGAGGGGGUGAUAGUAAGACUAACUUUAAUUCCGUAGAGUCAUACAGCUGGCCCGAGAAUUCCUGGACUGUGGAACCAGCAAUGAAGGAGGCACGAUCAGAUCCUUCAGCAUUUGUCCACGAGCGGCAAAUAUAUGUCAGUGGCGGAUGGACUGGGACCCAGAGAACUGACAGUAUUGAAAGCAUGAAUGUAAAACCUUACCACCACUGCCUGCUCCUAUCACUAGUAUGGCUAGUGUUAGUUAUAAAG